AUGGAUAUCAGUGCACAAAAUGGGGCUACACCAAUGGACUUACGUUAUGUUAAGAUCAUGCGUUUUGCCAUGUGGACCAUAGGCUCUUGGCCGGGCAGAGAAUUGGGCGAAAGAGUAUGGCGGAUCUCCGAGUACUACAUAUACUACCUCCACGUCCAGGCUUUGACCGCCUUGAUACCAGUAAUAUUCUACGUCGCCCACGAAGCUAAGAAGAUCCCGUUCCUGAUAUUAGGACAUAAUUGUAUUACUCUGUGUCUGUCUUUUGCCAGCACCGCAAAAAUGUCGCUUUUGUGUAUUCGCAAAAGAUAUCGUGAAUACGGAAAAAUGUUUUUUUUGAAAAUGCAUUUGAUUUAUUUCAAAAAUAAAUCGGAAUACGCAAUGAAGACACAUCUUCAAGUACACAGGAUAUCAGAAUUCUGCACUUUCUACUUAGUGUCUAUGCUUGCAGCCACGAUAAUUUUUUUCAACACCGGCCCUAUAUACGUGAAUUACUCCGAAGGGCUGUAUCGCACUGGAAUUCCCGAGAAUUCCACGAAGGUUUACGCCCACGCUGCUUAUUAUAGAUUCCCGUUCGAAUGCAAUUAUUUGACGAAUUUCAAGAAUUACAUACUCGUCAGUCUUUUUACGUGGAACAUAUCGUACUUCUGUGGGUCGUUUCUCACAAUACUCGAUUGUUAUUUAUACAUAACAGUAUUUCAUAUUUGGGGGCAUUUUAAAAUUUUGAUCCACGAUUUAGAAAUGAUCCCAAAGCCAUUGCCCAAUCCUGGAAAGAGUACCGAAGAACUAUUACUGGAUAAAUACAGUGCCGAAGAAUCUAAGCAAGUAAAUGAAAAAUUAAAGCGAUGCGUUGACUACCAUCGUCUUAUAAUAGGAUUCACCAAAAUGAUGUCUGAUGUAUUUGGGUCCACUUUGAUGAUCUACACUGGAGUCAUGUUGGUAUUAACGUGCUUACUUCUGUUGGAAUGCUCGUACAUGAACACGGAGGCGUUCAUGCGAUACGGCCCGCUAACUUUGAUGGUGUUCCAAGAACUUAUACAGUUUGGUCUUGUGUUCGAACUCAUUGGGACUGCGGGUGAAAAGCUCAAGAAAGUAGUAUACGAUUUGCCGUGGGAGUACAUGGACAGACAGAACCGAUUCAUCGUGCUAAUUCUACUGAUGAACGUCCAGAAACCGGUGAGGGUGAAGGCUCUCGGAGUUACGGAUAUGGGUGUGGCUACUGUCGCUUCUGUAAGUAACUUUACCAUCAAAAUCAAAUUACAUACUUUAAUGUUACAUACAUACAUAUCAUCACGUCUAUAUCCCUUGCGGAGUAGACAGAGCCAACAGACUGGAAAACACUGAAAGGCUACAAGAGUAACAGUAGAGUCAAAAUGGCGCCAAUGACCACGAUUUAAGGAAUUUUGUACCUACUUACAACUUAAUCCAGAUUAUACUUGUUGCUUAAAAUUUGUUAAUAAUUAUUCCAGAUAAUAAAAACAUCGCUGUCGUAUUUCACCUUUCUACGAAAAAUUGAUUAAUUUAUGCAAGUAGAAUAAACAAGAACAAAAA